AUGCCGAUUCAAAUUUAUGGCGUCACACUCUUGGCCGUCUUCGCCAUUGCCGGUGUCAUCCUCGUUACAGUGAGCGUCAUCUACGGAAUCGGCACCCAUGACAAUGUUCUCUCCGAGAACGAUAUCAUUCAAGCUCUCAAAUGGGGUUGGAUAAACCAAUUGCUCGGCCUUUUCGCAACUUCCUUCGGAAAAAUGGCGAUCGUCGCCUUUCUACAGCAGAUCCAUGGCCCGGAACAUCGCGAACGGGUCAUUGUGCUGUGGUUCCUCGCUAUUAGCAAUCUAGUCGUUAAUGCUAUCACGGUCGGCAUGGUUUUAACACAGUGUACACCCCUAGAGAAGCUAUGGGACUUUUCUGUGCCGGGUGCUUGUGAUGGGCUAGAUCGCAAUGAACACAUCGCGUAUUUUCAAGGAAGCUGGUCUGCCCUCUGUGAUCUACUUCUGGCUCUAUACCCCAUCGUCUUUCUAUGGACUGUGAAACUUGAAAUGCGAGUCAAAAUCGGUCUUUGUGUCUUGAUGGGAGUGGGUGUGAUUGCCUGUGUAUGCUCAAUCCUAAAGACGACGUUGGGACUGACAGCCCUGGGAAAUGGAGAGGAUUUGACCUACAAUCUUGCCCGUCUAAUCAUCUGGAACGAAACCGAAAAAUGGGCCGUUAUUAUUGUCGCUUGUAUACCACCAAUCCGGCCCCUUUUCAUCUCAUUGUUCCGCAAAGUCACAACUUCUACCAAAUCAAGAUCAGCCCAAACGAACGGAAAUGGCAGGUCGCAAGAGUUGCACUCCUUCUCGCAAGGGUCCAAGAGCGCCCCUCGUGUGCGUCAUAUGUCACCCGCACUGUCUAGGGCCAAGGAAAGUGAGGAAAAUAUACUCGCCAUGGAAGAUGGUGCGAUUAUAAAGACCACUGAUAUUAGUUUGACUUAUGAGAAUGGCGAAGCCCAUCAUGAACCUUCACCUUCCGAGCAUGACGGAUGCGUUUUGCCCUCCGAACGGAUAUAG